GUCAAGAGACAAGAAGCAUAUCAUGUCGGUCUAUUAUUUUGCUAUCGUGGGUGCAACCGACAAUCCAAUUUACGAAGCAGACAUAACUCCUUCUUCGAGGUCAUCCACUCUCAUCGACAUUAGCAGGAGAGACGACCACAAGCACCUCAACCAAUUCAUAACUCAUGCUGCAUUAGAUGUUGUCGAGGAAAUUCAGUGGACCAGUCAGGCGAUGUACCUGAAAUCCAUCGAUCGAUUCAAUGAGUUUUUUGUGUCAUCUUUCGUUACUGCUGGAAAUGUCAAAUUAAUGCUAUUACACGAUCAGAAAUCAGAGGACAGCAUCAAGAACUUUUUUAAUGAGAUAUACGAACUUUACAUCAAGAUUUUGAUGAACCCCUUUUAUGAAAAGAACUUUCCAAUAACUAGUCAGCAAUUUGAUGUACGGGUCAAGGCAGUAGCCAGACGAUUUCUUUAAUUGAAAUUGAUUAUUUUACAU